UCAGCAUGCUCCGCGCGAGCCGCCACUUGCUACCGACGCGCCGGUCCGCGCUCCUCGCGCGCGCUGCCACGAGCCGCCUCUUCUCGGAUGCACCCCACGCCAACGACCGCGUCUUUGUCAUGUCCAACGACACGACGCCGCACCAGUCGCCCGUGCUCCUCGGCCUCAUGAACACGCUCUCGGUCAAGUACCCGUCCGUGGGCUACUUCCGACCGAUCGCGCCCAACAAGAACCCGCGCGUGUCCGACCACCACGUCGAGGUCAUGAAGUCCGAGUUCAAGCUCCCGGAGGAGAAGGACCAGCUCGUCGGUCUCUACAACGACGAUGUGGUCCAAGCCCGACUCAAGGGCGACCUCGACUCGGUCACCGAUACGAUCAUCUCCAAGUUUGAAGCCCUUCGCGCCAAGCACGACUUUGUCGUCAUCGAAGGCGCCAUGUUCGAGUCGGCGCCCGAGCUGGCGUGGGACAUCAACGUGGAGCUGGCCAAGACGCUUGGUGCGCCCGUGCUUCUGACGAGCGACCUCGCAGAUGCCGAGGUCGACGAGAACCUCUCCGAGGACGAGCGCACGCAGAAGCUCGUCGACACGAUCGUGACGCGUGUGCUUCUUGCCAAGGACGCGGUCCAAGACGCUGGGCUGACGUACGUGGGCUCCAUCGCCAACCGCGUGCACACGAAAGACCCAAUCGACAUUCGGAAUCGCGUGCAGGCCAUCUUGGCCCAGAAGGGCGAGGCAAACACCUUCCAUGGCGCGCUCCCCCUCGACUCGAUCCUUGCGUCCAAGCGCCUGAACGAGGUCGUGGACCAGCUCCACGCGACGCAGCUCUACGGCCCGCCGUCGCCCAACAGCGUCGUCGUCACCGACGGCUUUGUCGGAACAAGCGACCUCAAAGACCUCUUUGGGCACAUGAAGAAGCACGAGGACGGUCUCCUUGUCAUUGUAUCGGCCGACCGCACGGACGUCAUGCUGGGUCUGCUUGUGAGUAAGCUCUCGGGUGCGCUCCCGAACGUCGCGGCAGUGAUUUUGACCAACGGCAAGUUUCCCCAGGACCACGUCAAGGACAUUCUCGACGGCAUGGCCAAGAUCGACAAUGCGACAAUCCCGAUUUAUACGGUCGAGGGUGACUCGUACAAGACGGCGAAUGCGCUCAGCCGCGUCACGUGCGAUAUUCUGCCCACGAGCCGGACCAAGAUCCAGCAGUCGUACAUUCUGUUUGACAAGUAUGUCGCGCGCGACUCGGUCGUCGGCGGCGUCUCGAAGGAAAUGAGCACGAAGCGCACGCCCAAGCAGUUCAAGCACUUUCUCUUCUCCAAGGCGCGCGCGGUGCAGCAGCACAUUGUGCUCACCGAAGGCGAAGACGACCGUAUUCUCCAAGCCGCUGAUGAAGUCCUCCGGCGCGACAUUGCCAAGAUCACGAUCCUCGGUGACGUCGACUCGAUCGCGGCGCGCGCCAAGACGCUCCGACUCGACUUGUCGGCGGCGUCCAUCGUGGACCCGUCCAAGUCUGCCGACCUCGAUAUGUAUGCCGAUCGUUUCUACGAGAAGCGCAAGAUCAAGGGCGUCUCGCGUGAAGUGGCUCGCGAGUCGGCUGCGGAAGCGACGUGCUAUGGUACGCUCAUGGUGGAGAUGGGUCUGGCCGACGGGAUGGUCUCGGGUGCCUGCCACACGACGGCCAACACGGUGCGCCCGGCGCU